AUGCGGCGCACAUCCCGAUUGAUUCCAUUCGGUUUCGUCAUCCUGAUGCUCCUGCUGUCGAAAUUCGGCCACACAAUGGAAACCAGCUGCCAGACGCCGGAGAAGACAGACGGCCGAUGCGUGCACUUCAGCGCCUGCCGGCUCGUCCUGCGGCACUAUGCGAUGUACAAGGAGCACAUGCCGCCGGCGAUAAUGCGAUUCCUGCAAAGAGCCCGUUGCAGGCCCAAGAGCCAGGGUUAUUAUUUGUGCUGCGAACUCAAAGAUGUGAUUCCUGCGAACGCCAACUCAAAGUUGAAGUAA